UGGUGUCGUGGCGGUGACGGCGAGUCCAGGCGGCGAUUGUCGGAUCAGGUGCCCGCGCCGAGCCGAGCCCCGGCCUCCCCCCGCUCACGCUGUCCGGAUUUUUUUUAAGACCCGGAUAUGACCUCCUUUUUUGAAUGGAUUUAUAGUGGUUUCACUAAUAGUUUUUCUAGUGCGCUUCAGUUUCUAGGACUAUACAAGAAAUCAGGAAAGUUAGUGUUUCUAGGACUGGACAAUGCUGGAAAGACUACGUUGUUGCACAUGCUCAAAGAUGAUAGACUGGCACAGCAUGUGCCAACACUACAUCCAACCUCGGAAGAGCUGACGAUUGCUGGGAUGACUUUUACUACUUUUGAUCUGGGUGGCCAUGCACAAGCUCGCAGAGUCUGGAAAAACUACCUCCCUGCCAUCAAUGCCAUUGUCUUCCUGGUUGACUGUGCAGACUGCGAGCGUCUGGCAGAAUCUAAAGCGGAGCUUGAUGCACUAAUGACAGAUGAAACUGUUGGAAAUGUGCCUAUUCUCAUCCUUGGAAACAAAAUUGACCGACCUGAGGCAGUUAGUGAAGAAAAGUUCAGAGAGCUGUUUGGACUGUAUGGGCAGACAACGGGAAAGGGAAAUAUUUCCAUGAAGGAGCUUAAUGCGCGACCACUAGAAGUCUUCAUGUGCAGUGUCCUAAAGAGACAAGGUUAUGGAGAAGGUUUCCGUUGGCUAGCCCAGUACAUAGACUGAAGCUGAAUUAUGAGAAUGCAAUCAGUCAAGGACUGAAGACUCAUCUACCAACGUACUACAACUUGAACCUAAUAGACAUUUUCUGGGCAUAUGUUUGGUUAUAAAAGUUUGAUGUUUUUCUAGAAGAAUAACAAUAACAUGGCUGUGCUUAAAAGAAAAAAAAUCAUCUGUAUGUAUGAAGCCUCAAAAAAAAAAAGUUCUUAAACGAUUUGUAUGUUUGACGUUACAAUAUGGUAACAUUCUAAUUUCAGUGGAUAAAAUACUUGUUUCUUUAUUUGAUUUAUUACAUUAACCAAACUAUCAAUCUGUACAGUUUUGAACAGAGUGUGUACUUAGACAAAAAUAGCCUCUGAAUGCACUUUUUAACAUGAAAGCAACGUACGUGAGUGGUAUUUAAUGAUCAUGUCAAAUUUUUUAUGUACUAUUUUUGAAAUUGUUCGGUUCAAUAAAUUUAGAACAUGUAACCACCUAUCCUUUUAGUAUCUGAAGAAGACAAAUAUUUUUAGAAAAAUCUCAAUUUAGUGAGACUUUCUGCAUGAUGCCUUAACAUUCAAGUGGCCCUCAGCAUGUUAAUCUGUAACCUAUUUAUUCCUCCCUUGAAAAAUAGAUACACCAAAUGCUCAUUCCAUAUCUAUUUCUGUUGUUCUGCUGCAAACUGUAAGCACAGCUCAAUUUUAUUUAAAGCUUUAAAUUAUAUCCUCUUCAUAGAAUGGAAAGCACGAAUAAAUUAUACAUGCAUGAAAUAUUCCCACUAGCAUUUUCCUUCAAACAUGUUAGGAUCUGUUUAAAGACAAUUAAUUUGUACGAAGUUAAUCCUUUGGCGAGAAUUCUUCCAGUCUCCUGUUCUUAAUCCUUAGUUUUCUGUGUUUAUGCCCAGGCAGAUACAGCUGGAAAUGCAAGCUAGGAUGAGUGUCAUUCUGCUAAAGAAUAGUUGAGGAGUAACUGUCCUAUUGUUCCACAGUAAGGAUUAUUCAGCAUGACAGCAACUGAAGACAGCUAGGACAGAAGUGCUUGAUGGUAAUGUGAACCAAAAAAAAAAGAACAAUCCUUGUCUACAAUGUAAUUAAACUUGUUUCACAUGCA